UUUAUUUCACCAAUCUUUCCUGUGGGCAGCUUGACAUGUAUAGUGAGGAGCUGGACUUGCCUCUAGUCUUCUGCCCUCCCCCAAUCCUGACAUUGAACAUCAUAACCAACGCCGACCUUGCCUUGACUCACCGCCUUGGUCACAUCCUUGCUAGGAUGAAGAAUCGUCUGGAGACCCUGAAGAGGAUGAUGGAGGAGGGGUGUGAGGAGCCCAUCCUGCUGGACAGCCUCAAUGGCAUGCAUGAAGUGAACGAGUGUGUCCUCAUCUUCCUCACUGGGGUUCUGGAGGGCACGGCUCUCUCGGAAAGCUGGAAGAGGAGACUGGACAGCUUCUACCCUUUUGAGCUGCUGGAGGACGUGAAAGCCGGGAAACAUGCUGCCAAGUUUGCCACAGUCACCCACGCCCUGCCCUACCUUCCCUUCUUCGGCAGGGCACUGACGGAAAUUGGCAGGGAGUGGACACAGACUGAGUUUAAGGAGGUGAGAGCUGCUGUGCUUGCGGAUCUCAGUGCCGCAGGGUUGACUGGCAUUGAAGUGUGCAAUAAGGCGUUUUUGAAAGAAGUGAAGGAGAAGGAGGAAGCAGAAGGGACACGAAAAGAGGAGAGUGUUGCCUGAGUGACGAAGACGAGAGGAAGACGUUUUAAAGAAGAUUUUAGUUAGGAAGGAUAAAAGAAGAGAGAAGAAUGGUGAUUAGAAGAUGAAGAAGACAGAGAAGAAGGAAUAAGAUGGAAGAGAGAAUGAUUGAUAAAGAAGACAGAGAAGAAACAAGAUAAAGGAAUAGAGGGAGAAGAGAAUGAUGAUUGAUGCUGAGGAGAAACAAAGUGAAGGAAGCAGAGAAGAAAGAGAAGUAGGAUAAAAGGAUGAAGAAUAAUGGUUAGGUGGUAAAGUUUAGUAUCUUAUUUUAUUCUUUGAGGAAUUUUUGUGCUUUUAUUUUUGAACUUCUGUCAGAUGUUGAUAGAAAGUUAGAUUUUUAUUGAUUUUAUUUUUUAAGCAUCUACAUUCUUUUAAGUUCAUUUCAUUGUAGAUUUUUCUUUCAGUAGAUUAAUUCUAAUUUUUUUUUACUUUCUUUUAAAAUUUUAUAGUCAACUUGUUCAUAUUAAUACCAUGUCAUACAUUUUAUUUAUUUUAAGCUUCUAGAGGGAAAAAAAUUGUUGAUAAGAGAAGUUUAUAUGUUUGUGCCUUAAAGGUGAAGAUAUUUUUAUUACAUAAGGAAAUAGUUUACUUAAGUGCCAACAACAGUGUGUCUUGGCAGUCAAUAAUAUUUUUGUACUA